AACCACAUUUACAAUCCUCCGCUGUGUUGCCUUCACAACGAGCCUUUAAAAUUUUUCUGCGUCAUAUGCAAUAUACCAAUAUGCACAGACUGCGCAAUUACUGACCACAGUGCAGGGGAAGCAAAUCACAAACCAAUCAGCAUUUCUAAAGCAUUUCAGAAAUUUAAAGAAAUUUCAGCAGCAUUGGAGAAAUCAGCCAGUGACAUAAAAAAAAAAUUACAAUAUAGUCUCAAAGCAGUUACUUGCACUGCUACAGCAUUAGAACAAAGUAAAGCUACAAGUUUAAGAGAUAUUGACUAUCAUGUUCAACAAAUGCUUAACGAAAUCAUGGAGAAUGGAGACAAAUUGAAAAAUGAAGUAGAAUUAAUCUACAAAAAGAAAAAAGAGGUAAUUGAUGUACACAUGGAUGAAUUGAAAACAACAAUAUCUGAUAUAAAUAUAAAAUUGAGUUUUCUUAAUCAUCUACUGAAGAGUGAUGAAGCUACAGCAAUGCAAUCAAGUGAAACAGUAAUUACAGCACUGAAAGACAGAAUUAAUGAAUUGCCAAAUUCCGAACUAAAAGAUAAUGAACUUAUUCAUGUUUUUAUUAAUGAGGAUGUCUAUAGUAUAUUACGAGAAUGGAAUAUUGGGUAUGUAAAGUAUAAGAAGGAUGCAGACUGCUUUGAAUUAGAGGGAGAUAAGGCAUAUUUACAGACCCCAGAUUUCAUCAGUGUUGGAAUAAAAAAUACAGAUAAAUGUGAAAUAAAUGCAAAUCAACUGAAAGCAACAUGGACAAUGCCUACAGGAGAAACAAACAUCGAUCAUGCUGUGUGUGACUGGGAAUACCGGGUGACAGGAAAGUGUACAGGUCCAGGAAUAUAUAAACUAGAUGUGACAGUUUAUGGCAAAUCAAUCAAGCAAUCACCAUUGAUUAUUAAAAUAGAAGAAGAAGGAUUAGUAAAUAACAUUCAAAUAAACCAAGAAUUAGAUAUUAAAAAUGUAGUUAAGUGUGAAGAUGGUAGCUUGCUGGUUUCAUGCAUGACAAAUGAAAUACUCAAGUACAAGCAAUCAGGAGAAUAUAUUAGUAAGGUUACAUUACCACAAGGUGUAAGUGUUAACAGAAUGUACAAGAUGGAGAAUGGUAACAUAGCAUUCAGUGAUGUGGUUAAUAAAUGCAUCACAAUAUGUAAUAUGAAUGGUCAGGUGAUCAAAUCAAUUGGUCAGGGGGUCUUGAAGGAUCCAGCUGGUAUCCAUGUGGAUGAGGUUACAUUAUCAAAUGGUGUGUAUGUAGCAGAUUGGCAAAAUGGCUGUGUGUUCAUGUUUGAUAUUGAUAGUGGCCAGAUUAUAAGGAAUACAGGGUCACAAGGUAACCAAGAGGGUCAAAUGAGUGGAGUCAUCGAUGUUACUCUUACAAGUGAAGGAAAUCUUCUUGUAUUGGAAUAUGACAACAGUAGAUUACAAUUAUUUGAUAAUGAGGGGAGGUUCAUGGAAGUCCUUGUUGAAGCAGGUGAUGAGAAUGGUGAGUUGAGGAAUCCAAGUGCAGUAUUAGUUGAUGAGGAUGACAACAUUAUUAUAUCAAGUCAACACAAACUACAGCUAUUCAGUAGUGAUGGAAAUUUCAUUAAAAGAAUUGAUGAUAAAGAAGAUGGAAUCAAUCCGUGGGGGGUUUCCAUAAUUUCACAUAAUCCACAAAGAGUUGCAGCUGUAAAUACAGAUGACAAAACUAUAAAAAUAUUCAAUUAUACUGAAAGUUUGCCAAACAAAUUUGUUCUUUCUUUCAAGAUGGCUACCAGUGAGCUGAAUCAGUUUCUGGAAAAUAUCGAUGAGAAGGUCCUAGAGUGCACCAUAUGCUUUAAGAGACUUCAAAAUCCUAAAUCUCUCAACUGCCUCCACAGUUUCUGUUUGUCAUGUCUUCAAGACUGGGUUAAGGCAAAGGGUAAGCUGACUUGUCCAACUUGCUCAAAAUCGUAUUCCAUUCCAGAGGGCGGGCUUCAGAAGCUGCCACCAAAUACCUUUAUAAAUAAUUUACUGGAAACUAUUGAACAAAUUUCAGAAACAGAUCAGAUGAAAUGUGUUUGUGGAAAAACAGGAGCAAAAUACUACUGCCAGGAUUGCAGACAUUACUUGUGUUCCACUUGUAGUGACCAUCACCAAAAAUUUCCAAUGCUACAUUUAGUGGAAGACAUGCAAUUAAUGAGCCCUAUACAGAUUGCAUUGUUACAUUAUCCACUGUGUUUCCUUCAUAAGAAGCCCUUUAAAUUUUUUUGCUGCAAUAUUCCAAUUUGCAUACAGUGCACAGUUACUGACCACAGAGAGCGGGAAGGGAAACACAAACCAAUCAGCAUUUCAUACGCAUUCAAAACAUUUAAAGAAACUUCAGCAGAAUUGGAGAAAGCUGCACAUCAGUACAAAAACAAAUUGCAAAAUGGCCUCAAAGCUGUUCUUCUAAAUGCUACAAAACUACAACAAAAUAAAGACAGGAGUUUGAGAGAUAUUGACAGUCAUGUGCAAAUAAUGGUCAAGAAAAUAAAGGAGAAUGGAGAUAAAAUGAAAAAAGAAGUAGAGACAAUCUACAAAAAGAAAAAUAAGGUGUUACAUGACCAAACAGUUGAAUUAGAAACAACAAUAUCUGAUAUAAAUACAAAACUGAGGUUUCUAAAUCAAUUAUUGAAGAGUGAUGAAGCUAUAGCAAUGCAAUCAGCUGAAAGAGUAAUCACAGCACUAAAAGACAGAAUUAAUGAACUGCAAAAAACUGAGCCAAAUGAUAAUGCAGAAAUAAAAUAUGUUAUCAAUGAGAAGUGGAAUGUUUCAUUGCAACGUGAUAUUGGGGAUAUAUUAUACAUGAGGGCAGCAGACGGUUUAACUUUAAAAGGAGAGGAAUCUGCGACUCUAGAUCAGAAAAUUGCUAUCAAAGUAAUUAAAACUGACGAAUGUAAAAUACGCAAAAAUCAACUGACGGCAACAUGGACACAGCCUACAGGAGAAACCAACAUCACUCAAGUUGAAGAAGAUGAUAAGGGAGAUUAUUUUGUGAAUGAAAAGUGCACUAGUCUAGGUAUUUGCAAACUAAAUGUGCAUGCUGAUGGUGAACCAAUCAAGCAGUCACCAAUGAUAAUCAAAGUAGAGAAGGAAGGAUUAGUAAACACUAUUGAUAUAAACAAAGAAUAUGUUAGAGAUGUUGUUAUGUGUGAAGAUGAUUACUUGCUGGUCUCAAAUAUGACAAAUGAAAUACUCAAGUACCAGCAAUCUGGAGAAUAUAUUGGUACGGUUGCACUUCCACAAGGUGUGAAAGUUCACAGAAUGUUCAAAAUGAAGAACGGUAACAUAGCAUUUAGUGAUUAUUCUAAAUGCAUCAAAAUAUGCAAUAUGAAUGGUCAGGUGCUUAAAUCAAUUGGUCAGGGGGUUUUAAAGGACCCAUGGGGGAUCCAUGUUGAUGAAGUAUCAAAUGUUGUGUAUGUAGCAGAUUUGAGUAUUGACUGGGUAUAUAUGUUUGAUAUUUAUAGUGGACAGGUGAUCAGGAAGAUAGGGUCACAUGGCUACCAAAAAGGUCAAAUAAGUGAAGUAAUUGAUGUAACUCUUACAAACCAAGGACAUCUUCUUGUACUGGAGUAUGGUAACAAUAGAUUACAACUAUUCGAUAAUGAAGGAAGGUUCAUGAAAGUCCUUGUAAAAAAAGGUUAUGAAGAUGGUAAGGUGAGGUAUGCCUGUGGAGUAGUAGUUGAUGAGAAUGACAACAUUAUUAUAUCAAAUAAGCAUAAGUUACAGUUAUUCAGUAAAGAUGGGAAUUUCAUUAAAAGAAUCGACAAAGAGUCUGCUGGAAUUCAGUAUGCAGAAGGAAUAUCCAUCAGUUCACAUAAACCGCAUAGAUUUGCAGUAGCCAAUAAUGGUGAUAAAACUGUCAAAAUAUUUAAUUACUAAAUUAAAUAUACUGAUGAUACUCAGUAGUCUGCUGCCCUCACAGUGUUAGUGUGUGUCAGAUUUUAAAUGGGGGGGGGGGGGGGAUG